UUCAGUUAUGAUCGCAGGCUCUUAAAAAAUGGGCGCCAUAUCUGAACAAAAAAAUGUAUUCGUUUUCUCCGGCUUUUUAAGUUAUUGCAUUCUUUUUCUCGGCUCAUGACUCCUGUGUUUUACUCAGUCAGGAAUACUACGAUAGAUUAGUCCGUUGAAAUAUGGAACGAUACGUUCGCGUUAAGAAGAUCGGCGAGGGAUCGUUCGGGAAAGCUUUGCUAGUCAAGAAACGAAACGAUGGAAAGCAUUAUGUUAUCAAGGAAAUCAACAUUUGUCGGAUGAAGCCGAGAGAACGAGAGGAAUCGAGGAAAGAGGUGAAAGUGCUUUCACAAUUGAAACAUCCAAACAUUGUGUCCUACCAAGAAUCAUUUGAAGAAAGUGGGAAUCUUUACAUAGUAAUGGAUUACUGCGAUGGAGGGGAUUUAUACAAAAAGAUUAAUGGUCAGCGUGGCAUUGCAUUCUCCGAGGAUCAGGUUAUGGACUGGUUUGUUCAAAUAUGUCUUGGCUUAAAGCACGUUCAUGACAGGAAGAUUCUCCACCGGGACAUCAAGUCACAGAAUAUAUUUUUAACAAGACAUGGAAUAAUAAAAAUGGGUGACUUUGGAAUUGCAAGAGUGCUACAUAGCACUGUUGAGCUGGCGAGAACAUGUAUCGGCACACCUUACUACCUGUCCCCAGAGAUAGUUGAAAACCGCCCAUACAACAACAAGAGUGAUAUUUGGUCACUAGGAUGCGUCCUGUAUGAGAUGUUGACUCUCAAACAUGCUUUUGAAGCUGGAAAUAUGAAAAAUUUAGUUCUUAAAAUUAUAAGGGGUUCAUAUCCUCCUAUACCACUGCGAUAUAGUGCUGACAUCAGAAUGCUUGUUGCUCAGCUGCUGAAACGAAACCCACAUGAUAGACCAUCAGUCAACACUGUUUUAAAGAAAAACUUUAUUCAGAAAAGGAUCGAGAAGUUCUUGUCAAAAGAGGUAAUAGAAGAUGAGUUUAGCCAUACAGUUCUUCAUAGGAAGCCUUUUGGAAUGCCGCCGCAGAGGGCUGUACCCCAUCCUCGACCUGCCCCAAAGCCAAGUGCACCUCCUCAAAGAUACAGUGAUCCAAAAGCAAAGUAUGGAGUUUCGGUGGCCAAGAAAAAACCCACAAAAAAGCCUGGAUCUGGUGGAGAGGCAGCAGCUAAAAAAGCAGUCAAACCUGCUGAACCUGGGAGAGCUGGAUCUGAUAAAAACAAGGAGGAUGCUCGCGAGAGGAGACGGAAGGAGCUCAUGCAGAAUGAGGACCAGAAGUACCAGGACCACAUGAAGAAGGUUCAACAGCAGCGCUGGGAGCGGCAACAGCGUGACCAGAUCAAUCGUGCCAGGGAGCAGGCCUGGAAGAACACACUAAGUGUUGGAUUGUCUCCUGAUAAAAAUGCAGCGAAAAAGAACUCCGAUCCUGGCCCAAAGCCAGCCAAAGCAGAGAUUGUGUAUAAGCAACCACAAGCCAUGCAGAAAUACCAAGUGCCGUCUAACCGCCCAGUGUCUGCAUAUGAACAGAAGGAAAACAUCCCAGUGGGGGAAAACAAGCAAAGACCUGUGUCAGCAAAUAACGCUCCCACCCCUGCAUGGCAACCACCUCGUCCCAUGCCGGCAUGGGCCCCACCCAACCCUGCAUGGGAAGCUGCGAGGCAAGGAGAAAUCAACAGGGCCCAGGGGGCAAAUGCUGCUGAACUGGCCCGUAUCAAAGAGGAGUUCUGGAGCAAUAAGCGGGCUGCCCAGAUGAACAAGAGACGAGCUCAAGCUAACUGGGGUGGAUAUGAAUAUAAACCCCCGGUCCAGCAACAUGAAGCCAAACCCGCCAAUGGUAAUGGGGAGAAAGGACAAGAAAAGGACUAUUUGUCUCGCUUAGAGGCGAUCCGCCGUCAGAAUUAUCAUGAGCGGCAGGAAAUCCAGCGGCGCAUGGCAGGCAUCCGAGGAGCAAUACAAGAGGCGCCUGAAAAGCCUAAGCAGGAAGUUAAGGUUGCUGGAGACCCAAGAUAUGACCCUGAUGCUCGCCAAAAAAAGAUAGCUGCGCUUAAGGCCCAGGCAGAAGAUCGAGCGGCAAUGUUGCGCAAGCAGCUUGAGGCGCGCAAGGCUGAAGUGCUUGCACGACUGAACAGAGAGGGAAAGGAGAAGGCAGAAGAGGAACGCCAGAGGCAGAUUGCAGAAUUGAGACAGCAAAAGCCGAGGGAAUUCAACAGACCAGCAGAGCGCCCCAUACGACCAGCACCCCGUGAAGAAAAGCCAGCAGUUGCGCCUAUUGGUUUAGAGACGGCACUGAAGCAGGUCGGGGUCACAACUCUUUUUAGGUCUAACUCAGAGGGUGAUCUGUCGAGUCUUGUGAAGGAAAAAAAGGAGGAGGAGGAGCAGGGGGAGGAGAAUGCGCCAAGAAAGCAGUGGGGAGCUAUUCCAUUCAAACCCCGUAUGCUACCACUCGAGGUUACCGCCUCUCACAUGGAAGCCACCAGUGCUGCAGAUGCCGUCAUUAAACCUGGAGAAGACGCAAACCAUGUGAGAAAACAAUGGGGCCAGCCACAGCGCACGCAGAUCGUCUCAGCACUUGAAAAUGUCAAACUGCAGACCGCUACCUCAGCGUUCGGAGUAGGAGGCGAUGAGAUGGACGCUGCCAAGAGCCCUCCCGUGCUGUCUGCUAUCGGCAAAACCAUCACUGUUUCAAAGGGAUCACAGAGUCCUGGUAUGGGUGUCACCACCACUGUCAAGUCAAUAGACUCCCCCACCCUAGGGGUGACAGUCGUCAAGAAUGCAGCCUCGCCCAAGACUCUCGUACCUGCCGUUAGUGAAGAGAAAGAGGCGCCAAAAGAUGGCGACAAUGAGCCCGCCUCGCAACAGAAACCGCCUGGAAGUCCUGCUACUGCUUGGGGAGAGGCCAAGAAACCAGAAACCCCUAAAAAGGCAACGAGUCCGCGGGAGGAAAAGGCUGGCAGCAGAGAAGCAUAUGAAGAUUACCUCAAGUCGCUAAGAGAGAAGGAGGAAGAGGAAGAGAAGGAAAUGGAAAGCGACGAGAAGCCAAAGGAAAGCGAUCAACAGACACCAGGGCAGGAGAAGGAGCCUUCUCCAGUCCAGCAGAAAGAUAGCGAGAUUGUUGAUCUGGAGGAUGUGGAGGAGUCUUCAUUCCACACAGCAGAUGGCUCACCCAACCGCUCAGUCUACUCCACGAUGCUAAGGACGGGCAACUUCGACACAGACUCAAGGAGACUCCGCACCUGUUCAAUGCCCGAUCUGAGAUUCCUCUUUCAAACCGCUUCGCCCCUUGCGCGCCCGUCAUAUAUGGUUCAGCAGUCUACUGAUGAGGCUGAUGACGAGAAUGAUGUUGAUGUUGAUGAUGACGAUGACGGUGAUGAUAAUGACAAUAAUCAGGACGAUGAUGAUGACGAUGAGAACGAAGAUGAGAAUAAUGAUGAGGAAGGAGAGGAUGAUGAAUUCGGUGACGACGAGGAAUCCGAACUUGGAAACGAGAGUGACGGAGAAGAAGACGUCCAAGAGUACGAAAACAUGUUGGAAUCCAUGCGAGAUGUCUUAGUCAGCUCAGCUCGGUCCCCCUCCCCCAUGAAAUCGGUACGACCCCUCCCCACCGGCACCGCCCAAAGCAUGGAGUGGGACCCGAUAGCGGACACAGCAUCGCCUACCAGAGACGAGUCAGAUGGACCCCAGGACGGCAGGUCCUCGGAGCUCUCGAACCUGAACGAGGACUGGGACUCCGGUGAAGGUGAGGAAGAUGAGGAGGGGGGUAACAAAAGCGAGGAGGAAGAGGACGACAGCGUGUUUCAAAGACUAGAGGAGUCACGCAUGGCUCUGGAGAGGGAACUUGGAUUUGAUAAGUUCCUCAGAGUCUACAAAUACUUACAAGCCGUGCAAGAGAAUGAGGACGAUAAUGCAGAUGUGGGGUCAACUUCUGAGAUCACCGAGCUGCUAGGGGACAAGGAACACCUAUAUCCCAAGAUCCUCUAUCUGGUGAUAGCAGACUCCGCGUACACAGAGGAUAAUCAGUAAGAUGACAACCAUGUACAACCAAGCCAGAUCUAUUCUGUGAUGGGAUCUUCGUCACAUUGAGUGUUUAUCUAAAAGUUAUGCUCCCACCUUGAAAGUGCUGUGAUAAGCUGCAAGAGUUGCCUUGUGAUUGGCUGCUCAGAAUGAAGAGGUGGGCUCUAAUUGGCUGCCCAGUAUGGGGAAAUGUGCUGUGGAUUGGAUUUAUGUAAAGAGAUCUGUUGCAAUUGGAUUGUUAAUAGUAAGAAUUGUGCUGAUUGGCUUCUAAGCACAAAGUCGAUCUUGCUGAAUACGAAUAGCGCAAGAAAAGAGAAAAGAGUAAAAGGUCUUCUUUGUAUAAUAUAGCUUAGUUAUAGUUUUCCUUAUCCCACUGGCAGUAAGCUCAUGUACCUUGCUCAAUAUUUUAUCAAGGCAGUCAGUGCUAAAAUAACAAGGAAUAGUAUGUACUGUGUUAGUGCCUUAAGUUAAAUAACGGAGUCGAAAAUCGCGCUCCUCCCGUGCCGAAUAUAGCUGUCUGUGUCGACCAAACACAUGCAAUUGUGUGCACUCAAUUAUGUAAAGUUCGUUAAUGUAUUUCCUUUUAGUUCGAAUGAUUUUACUUUCGCUUAAAUGACAGUACAUCGGCGUAAAUGUUUGUAAUUUUGGAUAAAAUGAAUGCGUAUUUCUCGUUAAUGAAAAGCAAAAGGUGUAAAAUUGAUGUGAUGUUAAUGUUGCACAAAUCAAAACCAAUGUGGCGUUUGAUUUGACACAACAAAAGUUCAACGUUUUGGUGUCGUGCUUUUGCUGUGCAGCAAGCUAGACUUUUUCAGCCGUACUUACUACUUUGUUGAUUCUGAUGUGGAAUUGUUCAUGUGCUCAAGCGAAAUUAUAGUUAGUCGGAACGACAAAAGCGCGACGUAUGAACCGCACCUGAGGGAAGGGCCUCAUUUCACCUCAUACUUCUCAUAAUAAAUACAGCCUUGGCGAAGUAAAUUGAUUUACUCUGAACAUGGGAGUUUUUAAUAAUUUCUCUUAAUAGCUACCACAGAUGAAAUACAACCAAGACUAUUUGAACAGAAAUGUAAAAAUAUGGAGCGUGCUUUGGUAUUACUUGGGGGAAAUUUAUAAUAUAGUGUGUAGAACAGAAAUGUUAUUUUGAGUAAAAACUUUACUUACCA